UCUUUCCGGCCGCGCUCGGGUUUUUCCGUCCGACUCCCGCGCGGCGCGCUCCCCCAGGCUUCGGGCAUUUCCGAGUCCCGUUCGGGAGUCUUCGGCCAUCGCUCGGCCUCCCCCAUCCCCCGGUAACGGUCGCUGGUGAGUUUAAAUGAGCCGGGGCUGGCCGGGCCGAAGCCGCUACGGGGGGGGCCUGAGGCACUGCAGAAAGUGGGCCUGAGCCUCCAGGAUGACGGUGCUGCAGGAACCCGUGCAGGCUGCUAUAUGGCAAGCACUAAAUCACUAUGCUUACCGAGAUGCUGUUUUCCUCGCCGAACGACUGUAUGCAGAAGUACACUCAGAAGAAGCCUUGUUUUUGCUGGCAACCUGCUAUUACCGCUCAGGAAAGGCAUAUAAAGCAUAUAGACUCUUGAAAGGACACAGCUGUACUACACCUCAAUGUAAAUACCUGCUUGCAAAAUGUUGUGUUGAUCUCAGCAAACUUGCAGAAGGGGAACAGAUCUUAUCUGGUGGAGUGUUUAAUAAGCAGAAAAGCUAUGAUGAUAUUGUUACUGAGUUUGGUGAUUCAGCUUGCUUUACUCUUUCAUUGUUGGGACAUGUGUAUUGCAAGACAGAUCGGCUUGCCAAAGGAUCAGAAUGUUACCAAAAGAGCCUUAGUUUAAAUCCUUUCCUCUGGUCCCCCUUUGAAUCAUUAUGUGAAAUAGGUGAAAAGCCAGAUCCUGACCAAACAUUUAAAUUAACAUCUUUACAGAACUUUAGCAACUGUCUGCCCAACUCUUGUACAACACUAGUGUCUAAUCAUAGUUUAUCUCACAGGCAACCUGAGACAGUUUUAACAGAAACACCUCAGGACACAAUUGAAUUAAACAGGCUGAAUUUAGAAUCUUCCAAUUCAAAGUAUUCCCUGAAUACAGAUUCUUCAGUGUCUUACAUUGAUUCCGCUGUAAUUUCACCAGAUACUGUCCCUCUUGGAACAGGAACUUCCAUAUUAUCUAAACAGGUUCAAAAUAAACCAAAAACUGGUCGAAGCUUAUUAGGAGGACCACCUGCUCUUAGUCCAUUAACCCCAAGUUUUGGGAUUUUGCCAUUAGAAACCCCAAGUCCUGGAGAUGGAUCCUAUUUACAAAACUACACUAAUACAACUUCUGUAAUUGACGUGCCAUCCACCGGAGCCCCUUCAAAAAAGUCUGUUGCCAGAAUCGGCCAAACUGGAACAAAGUCUGUCUUCUCCCAGAGUGGAAAUAGUCGAGAAGUAACUCCAGUCCUUGUCGCACAGACACAGAGUUCUGGGCCCCAAACAAGUACAACACCUCAGGUAUUGAGCCCCACUAUCACAUCACCCCCUAAUGCACUGCCUCGAAGAAGCUCACGACUUUUCACUAGUGACAGCUCCACAACCAAGGAGAAUAGCAAAAAAUUAAAAAUGAAGUUUCCACCUAAAAUCCCAAACAGAAAAACAAAAAGCAAAACUAAUAAAGGAGGAAUAACUCAACCUAAUAUAAAUGAUAGUCUGGAAAUUACAAAAUUGGAUUCUUCAAUCAUUUCAGAAGGGAAAAUCUCUACAAUUUCACCUCAAAUUCAGGCGUUUAAUCUACAGAAAGCAGCAGCAGAAGGUUUGAUGAGCCUUCUUCGUGAAAUGGGGAAAGGUUAUUUAGCUUUGUGUUCAUACAACUGCAAAGAAGCUAUAAAUAUCUUAAGCCACCUACCUUCUCACCACUACAAUACUGGCUGGGUACUGUGCCAAAUUGGAAGGGCCUAUUUUGAACUUUCAGAGUACAUGCAAGCUGAAAGAAUAUUUUCAGAGGUUAGGAGGAUUGAGAAUUACAGAGUCGAAGGCAUGGAGAUCUACUCUACAACACUUUGGCAUCUUCAGAAAGAUGUUGCUCUUUCAGUUCUUUCAAAAGACCUAACAGACAUGGACAAAAAUUCCCCGGAGGCCUGGUGUGCUGCAGGAAACUGUUUCAGUUUGCAACGGGAACAUGAUAUUGCAAUUAAAUUCUUCCAGAGAGCGAUCCAGGUUGAUCCAAAUUAUGCUUAUGCCUAUACUCUACUAGGGCACGAGUUUGUGUUAACGGAAGAAUUAGACAAAGCAUUGGCUUGUUUUCGAAAUGCCAUCAGAGUCAACCCUAGACAUUAUAACGCAUGGUAUGGUUUAGGAAUGAUUUAUUAUAAGCAAGAAAAAUUCAGCCUUGCUGAAAUGCAUUUCCAGAAAGCACUUGAUAUCAACCCUCAAAGUUCAGUUUUACUCUGCCACAUUGGAGUAGUUCAGCAUGCACUGAAGAAAUCUGAGAAGGCUUUGGAUACCCUGAACAAAGCCAUCGUCAUUGACCCCAAGAACCCUCUAUGCAAAUUUCACAGAGCCUCAGUUUUAUUUGCAAAUGAAAAAUACAAGUCUGCUUUGCAAGAACUUGAAGAAUUGAAACAAAUUGUACCCAAAGAAUCCCUCGUUUACUUCUUAAUAGGAAAGGUUUACAAGAAAUUAGGUCAAACGCACCUCGCCCUGAUGAAUUUCUCUUGGGCUAUGGAUUUAGAUCCUAAAGGAGCCAAUAAUCAGAUUAAAGAGGCAAUUGAUAAGCGCUACCUUCCAGAUGAUGAGGAGCCAAUAACCCAAGAAGAACAGAUCAUGGGAACAGACGAAUCCCAGGAGAGCAGCAUGACAGAUGCAGACGACACACAGCUUCAUGCAGCUGAAAGUGAUGAAUUUUAACUUCUGGAAAUGGAACUUUUUCAACUGGAUGUGUGACUAGUGCUGACAUGUUUUUGUUCCUCCAUACUCUGAGUCUUCUCCUGAGCCAGCAGUGUCAUCAUCCGUCACUUGUACCAUGCGUGUGCCACUUUCACUGGACCCUGACUGCAUACAGAACGAAAGGCAGUGCAAUAUUUAGCUGCUAACCAGACUGGCUCUUUCACCAGUAUGAAUGACAAUUUAGGGGGGUAGGGUGGGGAACUUUCUUUUUUGUUUUUUUCCUUUAAUCUCUCUGUUGGAAAGCUAUCAUGGAAGGAAGAGUUACGUUUUAUCUUGAAGGAACCAUUAGAUGCGGAAAAUAGUGAUGAGCCAGAAUUUUGUGGUUGUUUUUCCAAAAAUUUUGUUUUUAUUUGGUUCUGAUCCUGGUAAACAGAGUGACUGACCUUCAUUUCUAGGUUCUUCAAGAAUGGUGUUAGCAAGUGCCAGAUGGAACAAUAAAAGACAUUGCCUAUAACAAAGUAACUUGAUUGCCAAGGAAUGUAAAUUACCCUAAACUUGCAGUUUCUCACUUAAACAAGUGUAAUGGACAUAUUGGGACUCUUGCAUAAGAAUCAAAUAUCCCUCCACACAGUGUACACCUAAUCUUGGCAAGAACGCUUUAUUGUCUGACCAAGAAUUUUAAUUUAUUCAUCUUUCUAUGAAGUGUUGAUCAUUGUUGUCUUGGUAUUGCAAACUUUCAAGUUGGUCCUUACCAUUUUGCCUCUACUCUUUGACCUCUGUGGGAUGACCUUUAACAAUCAGAGAUGAGAAUGGUUACCCACUGAUAUGCCAAAACAAGGCCCUUAAUAACCAUUUAAGUUCACCAUAAGAAUCGAAAUGAGAACACUAAAGCAGAGAUGGUUUAAGAAAUUGUAAUAGUGGAAGCCUUAAUACAAUCACAGUUACACCGUGACCUUGAAUCUAGUCUGUGUUCGACAGUAUCCCUUUGACUUUUCUAAGUAUUCAACCAUAGCAGGAUACAAGAAAGUGUGAUUACCUUUGGAUGAGUUAUUUCCAUUCUUUUAAGCUCUCUGCUUCAAAUUAUUUUCAGUAGUUUGAGUCACCAAUACAUGUACUAAGAGUGAUUGGGUUUAGUAUAUUGGAAAAUUUUAGCUAUCAAAAUGAAACAUUCUUAUGAAGGAGAUGGGUUCUCUCCUGAGUUUAUAAUAUAGGUUGCUAACUUGGGGAAUGCCACAGUUUUAAAGAUCUAAUUAUGCAUAAUAAAAUGGGAAUUAUUGGAAUUUCAUGGUAACAGAUUUAAAGUCUUAAAUUUGUGUAUCUCCUUUAUUGUAAUGUAUUGAAAAUUUUAGAUACCCUUUAGAUGUUAACAUUUUAUUAAGUGCCAAUGUCAGAGUAUAAACAAAUUAUAGUUUCUUAUGAAUGACAGGCCUGCAGUUAUUAUUUUGGAUAAUUUGAUGAAGGACAAACUUCUCUACUGGUUACCUGUAUUUGUUAGUCAAACUG